UUCGGGUGAGAGAUCUCAGCGGGAGCCAUCCCGAUGGAGAAUGAAAAGCGGUGGCGCCCUCACCCUGGCCCGGGACACUCACUCACCUCCUCGGCGUGCUUCCGCAGGGCUUUCUCCCGCUCAUACUGGGUGAUGAGCUGCUCGUUAUCCUCCCGCAAUAGCUCCAGCUCCACCUCGUGCUCCUGGUUCUCGGCGAACAUCGCGUCCAGGUUCUCCAGCACACCGACCACCAGCGGCAUCAGGUCCUUCACCACAUCUUCGUCGUACUUGCGGAUCAUCCUCUCGAACUCCCGGAGCUGCUAGACCUGCUGAGCUUCCAGCAACUUCUGUUUUUGUUCCUCAAAAACUGCUGUCCAUAUUUCUUUUGCUUAUAGCUUAGAUGGCAGCGUUCUUUUCUCUGAAUGACAGUUAUGGCUUGAAAGCUUCUUCGAGGACUUGAAUACAAAAGCCAAAACAGAUAUUCCAAUUUUGCGCCAUCGGAAAUGCCAUGCUUUGAAGGACAUAAAAAUGAGGCCUCUGGUUAACGGAAGAGAUCCUAUGGAACUAUGUCAAGUAAAAGCGAGUGGUGUUUUAGCAUAAAAUACUGGAAGUGGUUAUAAUGAAAGUUCAUCACCCAUAUGCUGGGUUUCCUGCAAAUAAGGUACUCGUCAAUGUGAUGGACAAACAUCAGAGGAAUGAACUGCCUUCUACUACACUGGUCCAGACUGAGCACUCCCCACGGUCAGAAAGGAAGAGGAGGGACUCAUUUGGAAUGUUUGACGGCUAUGACAGUUGCAGUGAGGAUAGCAGCAGCAGUUCGAGCUCUGAUGAGAGCGAAGAAGAAGUUACCUCAAUACCAGCCAGUCUCCCACUUAUCAAAACCAAUGGACAAGUCUACACUUAUCCCGAUGGCAAAUCUGGAAUGGAAGAUCUUCCUUCUGAGUUCUCCCUGAAAUUCAAAGCACAUAGUUCUCUGCAUGGAUAUAUAGGAGGGUUACAAGCCACCUGUGAAAUGUGUGGGAUGGUUGGUGUGAGAGAUGCUUUUUAUUCCAAGACAAAACGAUUCUGCAGUGUUUCAUGCUCCAGAAGCUACUCAUCCAACUCGAAAAAAGCCAGCAUUUUAGCCAGACUUCAGGGAAAACCUCCAACAAAGAAAGCGAAGGUUCUACAGAAACAGCCUUUAGUGGCUAAAUUGGCAGCCUACGCACAGUACCAGGCAAGCCUGCAACAGAGCCAAACCAAGAGUAAAGCAGCAGUUACUGUGGAAGGCUUUGACUGGGGUCAGUAUGUUUGGAGCAAUAAGUUUACUGGGGCACCUGUCAGCUGCUUCAAACAUGUACCUAUGUGGACUCACUGGGGAGACGUUGAGGAGGGUGUAAGGGUGGAGGUACCGAACACAGAUUGCAACCUGCCUACAAAGGUCUUCUGGAUUGCAAGCAUCAUAAAGUUAGCAGGUUAUAAGGCUUUGCUUCGAUAUGAAGGUUUUGACAAUGAUUCCAGUCUUGAUUUCUGGUGCAACAUAUGUGGUACGGAUGUUCAUCCAGUUGGUUGGUGUGCAACUAGUGGCAAGCCAUUAGUCACUCCUCGCACUAUCCAACACAAAUAUACAAACUGGAAAGCUUUUCUUGUGAAAAGACUGACUGGUGCGAAGACCCUUCCACCUGAUUUUUGCUCCAAGGUUGUUGAAAGCAUGCAGUACCCAUUCAAAACUGCCAUGCGCGUAGAAGUUGUUGAUAAAACUCACCUCUGCCGAACACGAAUAGCAGUGGUUGAAAGCAUAGUGGGAGGACGUUUACGGCUUAUCUACGAAGAAUGUGAGGAUGGAACAGAUGAUUUCUGGUGUCACAUGCUGAGUCCACUCAUUCACCCCAUUGGUUGGUCUCGAAGUAUUGGACACCGAUUCAAAAGAACAGAUGGCUCAAAGAAGCAGGAAGGGCAAUGUGAUGCUGCACCACAGCUGUUUGCAAAGGUGAAGGAUGUGGACCAGAGUGGAGAGUGGUUCCAAGAAGGGAUGAAGUUGGAAGCAAUUGAUCCACUGAAUUUGUCUGCGAUCUGUGUAGCCACUGUCCGCAAAGUAUUAGCUGAGGGCUACCUGAUGAUUGGUAUCGAUGGCUCAGAGGCAGCAGAUGGCUCGGACUGGUUUUGUUACCACUCCGUUUCUCCGUCAAUUUUUCCUGUGGGGUUCUGUGAAAUCAACAAGAUUGAACUUACUCCACCCAGAGGUUACUCCAAAAUUCCUUUCAAAUGGUUCGACUACCUUAGGGAGACGGGAUCCAUUGCAGCACCUGUCAAACUGUUCAACAAGGAAGUUCCAAACCAUGGCUUCCGAGUGGGAAUGAAAUUAGAAGCUGUAGAUCUGAUGGAGCCGCGUUUGGUGUGUGUAGCAACUGUUACCCGCAUUGUCCAUCGGCUCCUCAGGAUCCACUUUGAUGGAUGGGAGGAUGAAUAUGACCAGUGGGUAGACUGCGAAUCUCCAGAUCUCUACCCUGUCGGCUGGUGUGAACUGACAGGCUACCAGCUUCAGCCGCCUGCAUCGCAAGCCUCGAGGGAGAAUCAAACCAAUGUGAUGAAAAAGAAGAAAGCCAAGUCCAGCCAGUACAAGGGGCACAAAAAAACGAGCAGCAGUAAGCACCGUGAUAUCAUCAUCUGGUGACCAAAGGCGGCUGCCGUCUCUCCACGGCGUUUACUGGCAGCUACCAGUGAUCACACUGGAGCACAAGGUGAAUUUUAUGGAUGUCUCCAAGUUCUGGCCCCUUCACGGUGCCUCCUGAGCAGGAAAGCAAGGUGACGUGGCAGCUAACCCGCAACUUUGCAGACAUGGCCUCCAUGCUUGUAUCAAGCACGGACCCUUGACUGAAGCAUCUGCCCUUUCUAAUCAGUUGGGUCCCAACGUGGGAGCAGUUCACCACAAGUCCUGCAGGCUGUGAUAGUGAGAACAUGCAGUGAUAUUUUUUACUGUACACUUGGACAAUUCUUUUCUGGUUCAGGAUGAGUGAUGAGAGUCUAGUUUUUUGUUUCCCCUGUUGGACAUUCUUGUAUAUUGUACUUGAAGUUAUUUUACUGGUGGGAUGGGAGGGGAGAAUGUCUGUCUGUUUUUGGUGUUUAAUUUUUUUUAAUAUAAAAUGCUCUCAUGAGCGUUCUGUGACUACGUAUUCAGGUGAAGUUAUGUUAACUUCUGACACUUUGCAUCCUCCACAGGCACCACAUGCCAGAUCGUUCCACCUCAUUCCUUCAUUUGAGGUUGAACACUUUUUUUGUAUAAACUUAUAAACCAGAAGAAAAACCCCCUCUCAGGAAGUUGAUGCCUGGUCUUGCUGACUCUACCCGUGUGUGUGCAUGCAUAUCUAGGGUGCAGCUAAUUCUUAUCCUCUGAGCCAGUUGUGUUUUAUUGUUGAGUAUGGUGUGGACCCCACAGGACUGAAGUCUUUAUACGUGAUAACCUUGUUAAUUGGUAUGGUUCCACAUGUUGCUUCUGCAGACUCACGAGUGACUGUGUGGGUACUCUAACAGCUCUCUUGUGCUCAGCCCGGUUUUAAUGCUGUUUUGACUUUCCUUUUAUUUAACGCUAAUAGCAGUAUUUGAGGUGAAUGGAGAAGUGUUGUGAAAAAGAGCAUCUGAAGCCAGCGAAUUCUGGGUGGAUCACUGACCAAGUGGCCUCUUAUGCUGCAAUUUACAAUGUUUCAAACUCUUAUCAGAAAGCAUCAUCUAGUGGACGGUGUUUAAACUUGGAGCAUCUGCAAGAGACAUGACUAAUGUGCGUUAGAGUUUCUGAUCCUGCCCUGGGAUGAUCAGGGAUGCAGGCCAGUAGCUUGCUGCUUUCAGCUAUGGUGGUAACCCCUCACCCCUGCUCUGCAUUAGGUUACCUGGUGAACACGGGAGGCGGUGGUGGGGAGGGGGAGGUAUUGCUUGCCGGUCACCUCCUGUCCUUCCCUCCCUUUGCAGGCUAUCCAAGUAGGCACUUGCACCCUGCCAUUCACUGCAUUGAGAGGCUGCCAUGUGCACCGGGUUUGGUUCCAUUUAGUGUGAAGACAUCAUCGUGAUAAGGAAGACCCCAAUCACUUUAACAACAAAGCAAAUAGGAGAUGCCCUCAUUUUGUUUCUAUUGUUGUUAACCAAGGAAACACUAAUCUCUUAAAUUCUGUGGACAGUCAGGUUCACCAUCCGAUCUCUCCAGUGUAGAGGUGUCAGCUUCUCAUGGAUGGAGAGAUGAGGGAUUGAUAAAAGUACAUAGCCCUCAUCUCCCCAACCCCUACCGCACCCCUCAGCUUUUCUUCAAACUCCUUUGAUUUUCUGUAAAGCAGCAGAUUUCAAUGGGAUACUGAUGUUCUGUCUCUGAGCAGACAGAGUUUAAUACUGCAUUUGAAUCCAGUGCUCUGGGAAAUGAGUCAGAAAUCACACGACACCAAGUUAUAGUCCAACAGGUUUAUUUGAA